ACGCCCCAGAGAGCAACAUCCGGCGCCGGUCCGUUUUCUAUCCUCUUCCGAUGGGAAGCCACUACCGGCGAUAUUGACGCCUGCGCAGAUGAGACUCCCGGGCCUUUUACUUCGUGUCGCUGUCGUUUCUCUUCGGAAAACGGACGUCCAGCCGGAAGGGAAUGGCCGCGGCGGCUCUGAAGCGACUUUGGUUGCGACGCCGCGGAGAGGCAGGGGUCGCGGCAACCGCAAAGCCAGGCGUGUGGGCGAGGUUGGGCACCUGGGCCCGCGCGCUGCUCCGGGACUACGCCGACGCUUGCAGGGACGCGGCGGCGGCGGCGAGGGCUCGGCCCGGCCGGGCGGCCGUUUACUUGGGGUUGCUGGGCGGCGCGGCGGCCUGCUGCGCUCUGACGCCGAGCGAGGCGGCCUUCGAGGAGGCCCUGCUCGACGCGUCGGGGACCCUCCUCCUGCUGGCGCCGGCCACGCGAAACCGCGCCUCGGAAGCGUACGUCCAGCAGCUGCUCUGGCUGCGGGGCCGCGGGCGCCUGCGCCACGUGAACCUGGGCCUCUGCUCGCUGGUGUAUGAGGCGCCCUACGACGCCCAGGCCAGCCUUUACCAGGCCCGCUGCCGCUACCUGCAGCCCCGUUGGGUCGAGUUCCCAGACCGGGUGCUGGACGUGGGCUUCGUGGGCCGCUGGUGGGUGCUGGGUGCUCGGAUGCGCGACUGCGACAUCAACGACGACGAGUUCCUCCACCUGCCGGCGCAUUUGCGCGUCGUCGGGCCCCACCAGCUGCACUCGGAGACCAACGAGCGGCUCUUUGAUGAGAAGUACCAGCCGGUCGUGCUCACCGACGAUCAGGUGGACCAGGCGCUCUGGGAGGAGCAGGUCCUGCAGAAGGAGAAGAAGGACAGGUUGGCCCUGAGCCAGGCCGACUCGCUGGUGGGGAGGGUCCGAGAUGAAACCCAGUGAGGCCUGGGUCCCGACCCGGUCCCGAACCUUGGCAGGCUGUUUGCCCGGGAUUGUGCAAUUGGUGUGAGUGAGCCUCAAGUGCAGUGACUGAAAUAAAUUAUAUGUAAAGUAUUCUCGCUGGGUUUUCACAAAAUUAGGAGGCCUUUCUCCUCCCACUGUUCUUAAUGCUAUAGCUAAUUCAGAGCCUUCUUGGUCUAGGAGUUGGGGAGAGCAGAUGUGACAAAAUUAUAUAAUGUUUAUUGCUACCACUUAGUAAAGAGCUUUGUACAUAAAUUGGCCUUUUUCAUUGGGCCCCACCGUCCCCUUGACAGAAGCAUCAUAGUUUCUGAGUAAACGAAAAAUAAUACAGGACAUCCUUUGUACCCUAUCUCCAGCUUCCUCCAAAUGGUAACAUUUUUAAAGCAUUACCAAACUAGAGAUUGACAUUGGUAUGAGUAUUUGGAUUUUACAGGGAAACUUUUGUAAAACAGCCUGCUUUUAUCAUUUGUGUAUUAAUAGUGAUGUUAAAGUGGGUUGGAAGGAUAAAACAUUCUCGGUUCAGGAAAUCUGUGUGGGAUCAUAGAUGGUUAUGUUAUACUUCAGUAACCUUUAAAACACAGAAUUGUAUGGCAAGGAACAUGUUAGCUGGUACUUAGCUAGGUUAUGGCAAUCAUACUUUAAAAACUAAACUCACAGCAUGCUUGCCAGGCCUGGAGGCGGCCAUGGGGACCAAGAGUCCCAGGGAGGUGGAGUCUCAGUGAAAAAUAUUCUCUGAACUGAAUCCUGAACUUGUCUUGUUGGUCAAAAGAUUAAGAUACCAAAUUUCCUUUUCAUUUGAUAGUAUUACCAUUAACAUUGUUAAACCCCUCCCCCCAAAACCUUAAUGUUCCACAAUAAAGUGAUUAGAAUCCGUAAAAAACAACAACAACAAAACAAAACAACUAAAUUUACAGGCAUGAUACUUUCUCACCUAGGUGGCCUGUGGGUAGUUAAUAAAACCAGGAAAUGAAACAA